AUGACUCUCGAAGGAAGCUGCAUGUGCGGUGCUGUUGCAUACGCCUCUGACUCCGAGCCUCUUGUGAAGGCUUUAUGCCACUGUGUUGAUUGCCAGAAGUGGACCGGCGGCGCAUUCACGUCCAACGUAAUCGUGCCCCGGGAUUCUUUCAAAGUGACAAAAGGAGAACCCUCGUUCUAUGACAUUACUGGAGCCUCGGGCAAAAACAAUCGCCAUUUCUUCUGCGGCAAGUGUGGGUCGAGUCUGUACACAGAAUUAGAUCUCAUGGCCGACAAGACCGUCAUUAAAGCCGGUACCCUGGAUGGUGGCGAGGCAAACUUGCGGAACGAGGUCGAUGUCGAAUUCUAUACUAAAGACCGGGCGUCGUAUCUGUGUGCUGUGCAGGGCGCUAAGCAAGAGCCACUUCUGGGCUGA